UUGGAACGGACACAACAUUCUGGCGAGAUGGACUGAGUAAACGCCAAACGGGCCAGACUGCUUUUGGUCCUCUGACAGUGUGCCUUCGCUCUCCAACCACAGUUCGCAGUCCUUAUCGCCGUGGUCAAACUUUAGGCUCAUAUCGACUAUGAAACCUAACUUGCAAUUGGGUCGCCCGUAGCCCAUCAAAAUUUCAAUUUUCUGGGCCAAGUUAUUGAGCCCAAUCAAAAGUUCAUAGCCCAUUCUGCCCCCCAAAAAAACAAACCAGAACAGCCCGAGUCAGACAGAGCAACCUUAAAUAUUUUAUCUUUCAGAGGCACUGGCAGGCUGUGCGUGGGAGUGGAAGUGAAACUGAGACAAUUUUCCUUGUAGCCAAAUUGUUCCUGUAAGUUCAAAAGCUUGUUUGAGUUUCUUAAAACUUGAAUUCUCAUCGGCUUCCUUUUGUUGUUGUUUAUGCUUUUUGCAAUGGUAUUUUAACGAAUGCUCAAAUGGGUGUCUCUUAUUUUGAAAGAAACGGAAUUUUUGCUUCAAAUUGUACCUGGAGUUCGUUUUCUUUCAAUGGGGUUCUGAUUCCUCGGAGACCCAUCUUCCCUGUUGGUCUAACUGUGAAGAAGGUCCAUGUUUUUGGUGUUAAAGUACAAAACAAUAGAGCAAUUAAUGCUUUGUUGAAGGGAGAGUCUGAUAAGGAUAAUAGGUUGGUGGGUGGUGGGAUUCUGGAGAAGGAGCUUCAGUUUAAGCCGUCCUUCAAUGAGUAUUUGAAGGCUAUGGAGUCUGUUAGAGUUCGUAGGGAAAGGAAGCAAGCUGAUAAUAAUAAUAAUAAUAAUACGUUGAAAAAACAGAAGCCCAAUGAUACAGAAAAGGGUCUUUUUAGGACACCAACAAUGGAAGGAGAUAAAGGAACUGUAGAAUUGAAGGAAUUUGAGAAAAAGAAAAGCAUUUUGGAUCAAGAAAAGGUGAUAAAAGUUGUAAAACAUGAAGGGUUAUCUAAGAAGGAUUAUGGGAUCGCGAGCAAGGAAAGUCAGGUUAGAAGGGGUAAGCUUGGUUACAAGGGGAAAGCAAGUAAAGAAUUUGUUGAUGAAAUUGAUACCAAUGAAGGCCAUAUAAGUGGAAAAUUAAUGAAGCAACAUCAGACUAGUGGUAUUCAACAGAAAUUGGAGGACUCCAACUUGGGUAAAAGUACAAAGGCUUGGAGGGUACAAAAAGUGUCAAAGGCAUUAGUUCCUGUUCAAAGACAGCGCCAUAGUAUCAAACUAGAAGGGGAAAUUGUUGGUGAUGCAAGUUCCUGGGGCAUGUUGACACAGAAGGGGACUGAUAAUAGCCAGUGGGAUGACAAAUCAAUCAAUAAAACCUUGAAGGGAGAGAAAAUUGGUGCUGGAAUUGAUAGGCAUGGCAGACGAGAGAGGAAGUACUUGCAAGUUGAAGAAGUUGCUAAUAAUGGGGAAAUUGUUAGUGAUGCAAGUUCCUGGGGCAUGUUGAGACAGAAGGGGACUGAUAAUAGCCAGUGGGAUGACAGAUCAAUCAAUAAAACCUUUAAGGGAGAGAAAAUUGGUGCUGGAAUUGAUAGGCAUGGCAGACGAGAGAGGAAGUACUUUCAAGUUGAAGAAGUUGCUAAUAAUGAUUUUUUGCGUGAAAAAGGAACACUAACCAGAAGAGGUCACUCUUUCUCUGAAAGAAUUGAUGGUAAUGGCGCAGAUGAGGAAAGAGCUGCCUUCAAGAAUUUUGAUGAAUUCAGUGACGUUGUGGACAAGCCACGAGUUUCACGGAUGGAGAUGGAAGAGAGAAUCCAGAAGCUAGCAAAGCAGUUGAAUGGUGCAGAUGUAGACAUGCCUGAAUGGAUGUUUACAAAGACAAUGCGAAGUGCAAGGAUCCGAUUCUGUGAUCAUUCUAUAUUGAGGGUUAUCCAGAUAUUGGGAAAACUAGGAAAUUGGAGGCGGGUGCUACAAGUCGUUGAGUGGCUUCAGAUGCGUGAGCGCUUCAAAUCCCACAGGCCCAGAUUUAUAUACACUACUGCACUUGAUGUACUUGGAAAGGCGAAUAGACCUGUGGAGGCACUCAAUGUCUUUCAUUCAAUGCAGCAACAAGUGUCUACAUAUCCUGAUUUAGUUGCUUAUCAAUGUAUUGCUGUCACCCUUGGAAAAGCGGGGUAUUUGAAGGAACUUUUUGAUGUAAUUGAUAGUAUGCGAUCUCCUCCCAAGAAGAAGUUCAAAACCGGGGUAAUUGGGAAGUGGGACCCAGAGUUGGAACCAGAUAUCAUGGUUUACAAUGCGGUCCUAAAUGCCUGUGUCCAGCAGGAAAAAUGGGAAGGAGCAUUCUGGGUUUUGCAGCAGUUAAAGCAACAAGGCCAAAAGCCCUCUUCUACAACAUAUGGACUUGUCAUGGAGGUGAUGUUUGCAUGUGGCAAGUACAACUUAGUUCAUGAGUUUUUCAGAAAAUUGCAGAAAUUUUCUAUUCCAAAUGCUUUAACAUAUAAAGUGGUUGUGAAUACACUUUGGAAAGAAGGAAAAACAGAUGAAGCUCUUUUGGCUGUUCAACACAUGGAAAGGCGAGGAAUAGUAGGUUCUGCAGCUCUUUAUUAUGACCUGGCUCGCUGUCUUUGUACUGCUGGAAGGUGCCAAGAAGCAUUGAAGCUGAUGGAGAAAAUAUGUAAGGUCGCAAAUAAGCCUCUAGUAGUGACUUACACUGGCUUAAUUCAAGCUUGUAUUGACUCGGGAAACAUUGAAGAUGGAGCUUACAUUUUCAAAGAAAUGCAAAACUUUUGCUCCCCAAAUCUUGUUAGUUGUAAUAUAAUGUUGAAAGCUUACCUAGAACAUGGGAUGUUUGAAGAAGCAAAAAAGCUGUUCAAUAUGAUGUCAGAGGAUAGGAACCAUAUCAGCAGGAAAUCUGAUUAUAGGGCUCGUGUGAUACCAGAUAUCUACACAUUCAACACCAUGUUGGAUGCAUGCAUUGCAGAAAAAAGGUGGGAUGAUUUUGAGAAUAUUUACAGAGGGAUGCUGCACCAUGGUUUUCACUUCAAUGCAAAACGUCAUCUUCGGAUGAUAUUAAAUGCUUCUGGAGCUGUAAAGGGAGUGUUACUGGAAACAACUUGGAAUCACUUGACCAAGGCAGAUAGGAAUCCACCACCUGCCCUUGUCAAAGAAAAGUUUUGCAUGAAGCUAGAGAAUGACGACUAUAUGGCUGCCCUUGCCUGUAUAACUAGUCAUUCCAUGCCUGAGUUGCAGGCAUUCUCUAAUUCAGCAUGGUUGAAUUUGCUUGAGGAAAAUGCUCACAGGUUUCGUAAGGAUGCUCUUUUUCGGUUGAUACAAGAGGUUGGCAUCCAUACUAACAGAACUGAAUUGUCAAAUCUAGCUGUACAGAAUCUCGUAUCAGCUUGUAAAGAAUUUUUUAGGACUAAUAUGACAUUAGCUGAGAUUAAAGAAAUCGAAACUGUCUGUAGUGCUCAAACUGAAUUAGCUUUUAAAUCCUGAUUAACUACUAUUUGUGUUCAUCUUUGCCAUUAUAUAACAGAAACAAGCAUUGCUA